UUUCCUCCUCCUUUAUAAAAACUAUCAUCCAAGUUGAUCAGAGCAGUUUGGCCAGACGACUUGAUCAAUGCGAUGCUGAUUUUCACGGCUUGUGUUUCUUGGGUCAUUUUCGGGUGCUUCAGUGUGGUUGCUGAUGGACGUCCAGUGAGCUGUUGCCUCAAACUACGACACAACAGACCACCUUUGGACAAAGUUAUGAACUACAGAAUACAAACUAAAGCACUGUGUCCUAUAACAGCAGUUGUGAUCCAGACUGUAUCUGGGAAAAAACUCUGUUCUGAUCCUAACAGUGACUGGACAAAGAGAGCCAUGUGGAAGGUGGAUGAAGCAAAGAUGAAGCCCAAAAAGCAUGUUCCUGUACCUGCAGAAGAAGCAUCAGUGGACGGGAGCAGACAAAGGGCAGAUCCAUUAACAGCAACAGAGUUGCCACUAAAUAGCCAAUGAAACAGAAUGACCACAAGACAGAAGAGUAAAAGGAAAAGCAAAAGACAACCACAAAUGAGUCUCAUAUAAGGGUCCCAAAGAAAUGAGAAAAAGUGUGAGAACAAAAACUGUGGAAAAUGUUGUGCUAAACAGUACAAACUGACAUUAUUAUUAUUAUUAUUAUUUUGUAAAUAAAUAUAUUUAUGUUAUUUUUUUAAGCUAAGCCUACAUUUUAAAUGUAAAAGGUCUGCGACUGGUAAUGUUAUUGCAACAAACCCUUUCAUAAUUCCUGGCAGCAAGAAUGUCAACUGGUUAAUAAAUCAAAUUUGGAAAUAAAUUCUGUAAUACACAGAUUAUGUAUAUUGUUUUGAAGAAUUGAGUUUGAAGAAAAGUUGUGACCUUUCCAUAGACCCUCUGCAGUACUUUCAUGAACCCCCAGGGGUCCAUAGACCCCCACUGAAAACCCUAUAACCUAGCCAAAAAAUUUGAAGUGUAUAACGUGACAGAUCCCGUUUACUCUUUAACUGCUUUUUGUUCUCUAAGUGUCGCUGUCACUUCAGUAACAGACAUGAGCUUGGGCUCAGUUUACUUUUCAUCAGGGUAUAGAGAAAGAGGGAUUUAAAACUGUUAUCGUGUAUUGGUACUGGUCAGAGAGGUAUAAACACUGCACUGUUGUUCUCAUCGUAUCUUUUGGUUUAGUUGAUUCAUCUUUCUAUCCCAGCACUCUCAUGAACAUGUUUAGUUUUCCCCAUUGCCUUUAG